AUGUGCGAUGCUAUCUACUCAUUGAUGAACAUAUUUGCUGGCCAUGCUGCGUUCAUAUUCAUUGAUCGUGGCAGCCGACGUGCUCCUCAAUUCCAUGUUGUCCCAAGUGCAGAUAUUCGCCAUUCACCCUCUCGAUCAUCCACCCAUCACCCUUCAGUCAGUGUUUUGCUCGUCGCUCGUGGUAUCUUUGCACACCCUGACUCGCUUGCAUGCGUCAUUCACUCCAUCGCCUAUGAUGCUGCAGUCCACAUUGUAUGUGUGGAGGGUGUCGCUGUUGCUGAACUCUUGGCCAGCGACGCGAGGCUGACCUUGGCAAUCAAUCAUUCGGAGGCUCACAUUGACAACGUCUCUCAUUAG